AUGGCGGUGUCGGUCCAGCCAUCCGCCAUCCUGCUGCGAAACGGGCUUCUUGCAACCUUCUCCGAACAGGACGACCUUCUAUCCAAACCAGUUGCUCGCCGCGUGGAUGUAUUGAUUACAGGUGAUCGUAUUACAGCUAUAGCAGAGCCCAGCACGGUUCAAUCUCCACCGGAUACUUUCGUUAUCGACUGCACCCACAAGUGGAUAGCCCCCGGCUUCGUAGAUACUCAUAGGUUGGCUCCCUUUACGACGACCGCUUUGACUACGGCCGACGAUAUCUACGCAGGACAACUCGCAGGCUGUCUUCAAGCGCUGAAUGGUGGCACUACGACCGUGCUUGACCAUUUUCAUGCAGCAAACUCUCCGGCUCACAUAGAGAAAGCUACCCAAGCGACCGUUGAAUCAGGUAUCCGCUCCAUGUUUUGCUUAUCUCGAGGGUCGUGGCCUACCAGUCUAUCUCCGCUGAGAUUUGACGACGAUGUCGAGAUAUCUAAGAUGCAAUUAGAGAUAUUGCGCACCCUCGCUGAGAAGGAUAAUGGUCGUCUUUGCCCAGAUGGUCGGGUGACACUCGGCCUAGCCUACGACGGGCAGGGCCGCGAUCCGGAUGAAGACAAGCGAAUUCUCUCUCUGGCUCGCAACUUGGGUGUCAAACCCAUCACGAUGCACUACGUCGGUGGCCCCCACGGCGCAGCAACAGCCUACAAGGUUCGCAAGUGGGCUGAGGCGGGCUUAUUGCAAGGCGACUGUGUAUUCUCGCACGGCAACGGUCUUGUCCAUCCCAAACCUGAUCUGGGGGAAUGGGAGCUACUGAAAGAGAGCGGUGCUAGUAUAGCUUCGACUCCCGUCAACGAGCUGGGUAUGGGCCACGGCAAUCCCAUACCUUACGAAUGCAUCAGACGGGGAGUCACUGUCGGCUUAGGCAUUGUAAGUCGAAUCCAUGAAAACUUGAGCACUAAAAGCAAAGCCACUGCCUAUAACAACUGUCCGGCCGCUUCAGCCUUUCGCUUAGCGACACUCGGGGGUGCAGAGGCGGCGCACGUAUCGUCACAACUUGGCUCAAUAGAAGUCGGAAAGUUAGCCGACUUCGCCAUUUACGACUCGGAGUCCGUAAAUCUCGCCGGUUGCGUUGAUCCCUUUCGUGGCAUCGUCUUCCAUGCAACGGGUGCGGACGUUGAAUUCGUGAUUGUCAAUGGGGAGAUCGUUAAGAAGGGUGGAAUCCUAAUGCGUAAGGACUGGAAGGAAGUUGCAACGCAGCUGAAGCAUCGUGCGGGCCUGCUUCGAGAGAGGGCCGCUCAGUAUGAUCUUGAUCAGCGGUACACAGCAGUGAUGCCUAUUUUACAGCUGCCGGUGGCAUAAAUUUGAUUCCUCGUUAUGCUGCUUCCUCAAUCGUACCGCAGACAAUGACUGUCUACCUUGGGUUACCGUCCUAAUAGAGAUGUGCCAGGCAGUGUAACUCGGAAUACCAAAAACUGAUUAUCGUUGUCCAGUCCUGCGUUGUAUGGGAUUCCGAGUGAAAUACCGUCCGUGGUUAUGAAGUCGUUGUCAGACGCGGUAAAUAAAAAGUAAUCGUC